AUGAUCGCUGUAGGCGCUAUUUGUAUGGAAGCAGUAACGUGCGCCUUCGGAAUCCCUCGAGGGACCGUGCUUCGGCCGGACGAAGAAGCCUAUUUCUACCCUUUAACUUCUCAUUUUUCAUGAGCUGUUGCCGGAUCAGCAUUCACCGCCGAAAACGAACAACAAGCAUUUAAUGACGAUCGAACAAUUGUGAAACGCGGAGGUGCCCGAGCUUUCUAUGGGUUCUACAAUUCGGCCAAUUCAAAAAGGGACGGCAUUCCCUCGUUACCGUACUAUUUGUACGAGAAACGAGGAGGUGGCCGAGCAUUCAACCACAACACUAAUCUCUUCAACGGAUUCGACAAACGUGGCGGAGGUCGCGCUUUCUCGGGCUCAUGGUCUCCAUAUUUUGAGCGAUUCUACGACAACAAACGAUCAGCCUUCCCGCUAUUCUACGAAAGUCAAUAUUAUUAA